AUGAGACCGCUGUACCUGAGGCGAGAGGAUGUGCCUGGGGAGGUGGUGGCGAGGGAGAGUGACGUGCUGCGAGCACAGGCUGUGGCAGCGGGCAAGCCAGCGGGAGUGGUGGAGAAGAUGGUGGCGGGGCGGCUGGGGAAGUUCUACGGGGAGGUGGUGCUGAUGGAGCAGGCGUAUGCCAUGGAUGACAAGAGAACGGUACAGAAAGUGCUGGCAGAAGCUUCCAAGAAGGCGGGGGCAACGAUUCAAGUGGAGCAGUUCUUACGGCUGGAGGUUGGAGAAGGCAUUGAAAGGGAGGCCAAGGACUUUGCGUCCGAGGUGGCAUCACAGGCUUAUCUUUGGAAGCACCAGAUCGCUGGGACAGCUAAUUCUAGCAGUAGCAGCGACGGGCACCGCCCGUCUUACCCGGCGGGAGGAAACGAGGAGCGCGAGAGUGCGAGUGAGCCAGGAAAAUUGCAUUCCCAACAUUUUUCGCUCCGGGAGCGGCCGGUGGAGAGAGCGACGGGGAGCGACGCGCUCUCGGAUCCGAGGAGCAAGAGCGACUCGAUUGGGGCUUCCUUGAAGGACCCGGAGUGGGGAACUCUCUUGAUUGGAUACGUGUUUACGCAUGGCAGGUAUUGCUGGCGCACUGCGAUGAGUGUGGAGUUGGGGGGGGCCUACGCCGCUCCCAGCCCCAAUGAUCAUGUCACGGAGUCUGCUGCAGCGCGCCGCGGGGCGGCGGCGCAUCAUGGUGGCGGUGGAGGCCGCACCGUGCCGGCCGCUCUCAUGGCGGCGCCGUCCUGGCUGUGGAUGGCAGCUUGCGUGGCCGUUGUUGUGUGCUGGCUGCUCGUCACCAGUGGCCCGGCGGGCAACAGUCAACUCCAGGACCCCUCCCCUCUCACAUGGUCUCCCUUUGCGGGGGAGCGGCCUGGCUGCAUUCUCACCCUCGACUCGCGCUACAGCCGUGACGGCGUGCUGGCAGUAGAGGCGGCUGUAGCACAGCUCUUGAGGACCCUUGGGAUAGAAGAAAUAGGGGAAGGGGGUGGGCCCGGUGGGGGGUGGUUAGUGCAAAGGGGAAGGAAAUUGCGUGCAGUGGAGGAGGGUGUGGUGCGGCUGGUGAGGCGGUUGGGGGCGUGGGGGGAGGGAGGAGGCAAAGGCGGACGGGAAGUGAGGGGGGAAUGGGUAGGGGAAGUGGAACGGGAUGGGGAAGGGCCGGGGGAAGGGUGGACCAAGGGAGGAAAAAGAGAGAGAUGGGAUGACGACGCUGUUGGCCUUAAGAAAGGGCAAGGAGGCAAGUCAGAGGGGGGAAGUGACACGCUGGAAAGAAGACGUGCGCUGUUUGCACGAGGGGACGAGGUGCCCGAGGUGUGGAGGCGGUUCUAUGAGAGUCUGCCCAAGAUGCUGGAUGGCCAUGGCAAGGAGCAGCUCAAUAAGUUCCCCAUCUGGCUCGCUCUGGCUGUCAACAUGCUGUAUGCGCGGCGGCAUGGGUACCGGCUGGUGGUGGAGAACGGGUCGAAUUUCAUCCAUGAUAGACACCCAGCAUGGUUCAAGGUGCCCUUCAUAGCGGAGCAGCUCUCCUGUUGCUGCAAGUGGGCAUUAUUCCUUGACUCGGAUGCCUACAUGCGCAUGAACCACCACCAGCUCUCCAUUGAAGCUUGGAUAGACGCCAUAAAGCAACCGAACUAUUUCAGCUGGUUGACAGACGCCAAUGUGACAGCCACACUCAAGGGGCAGGUGUGGGUCCCACAGGACCCAGCUCUGCUGCUACAGCCGGCAACUGUGCUACAGCCGAACAGACCAAUAGCGCUCAUUCCUAGGAACGGUGAUUCCGGAGGAGGGUAUUACGGGCGGCCUGAAACACUAUUUGGAACGGGGUGUGAUUUCAUUAAUUCCGGUGUCAUGCUGUGGCGGCUGUCUCCUUUGACCUUUAAGUUCCUCAGGCACUGGUAUGACCUGGGAGCAGACAUGUACCAUCGAUACUAUCCUCCCUGGGAGCAGCCAUACCUCAAUUGGGUUGCUCGUGAUUCGAAAUGGAGGAACAAGAUGAUUGUGGUUCCGUACCGUGAGCUUACGGGGCCUCAGGGAAUGAUGGUGCGGCAUGUGUGGGGCGAUAUGCACUGGAAAAAUAGAGAUCAGAUGGUGCUUGAAACUCUAGAGAUGCUUAGCUCACACAAGUGA